AUACUACUCACACUCCAGACAAAAAAAAUUCCUAUCUUAACAAAUUUAACAAAAAGAAAUCUAAACAACAGAUAAAGAAAACAAGUAUUUUACAUCUUAGAAUAUGAGCAAUUUGAGCACAAAUGAUGAAUUAAAAUAUUAUUGUGAUAAUGUUGAUUAUUAUAAACAUGAAAAUCAUGAAUUGAAGAAAGUAGUUUUUUAAUUGAAAUUGGAGAUGUAGAUUGUUAAAAUAUAUCAUUAGGAAAUCUCAAUUAGAAUAAUGUCUGAUAGAAUAAAAACAUAAUUUAAAAUGCGUGGUUAAAAAAUAUAAAGGUUUUAUUGAAGACUUAUUGGUUCAGAAAAGUUAAUUAAGUGUAAAGUGCGAUGAUUGGAAAUAGAAAUUAGAAUAUCAAUACUAAAUAAUUGAAGAAUAGAGGUAAUAAAUUUAUAAUCAACAAUAAAUUAUACAGUAGAAUUUAUUAACAAUUUAAGAGAUAGAGUUAAUUGUUGAAUAGUAGAGAAUAUAGAAAUAGAUAGAAGUUUAAUAAAUAAUGAAUUUAAAAGAUUAAACAAUAGAUGAAUUGCACUAAAUAAUUUAAUAAUAAUAAUAAUGA